AGAGAGAGAGAGAGAGAGAGAGAGAGAGAGAGACUUUCACAUAUUCGUCUCAUAUUUUAGGGUUUUAUUCUUCAUUUCUUGAUGUAGAAUUGCAGAUUAUCAGUCUCAAGGAUGCAUAGUUUAAUGAAGUUCUCAUGCUUCGUUAACAAGGAUCGGAUUCGCUAAUUAUGUGCGAGACUCCAUAUAUAUACAUAUAUAUAGUAUAGUAUAGUAUAGACGAAGAGGUAGAGUAGCUAGAUAUCCGUUCGUCGAUUGAUCGAUCUCGAUCUAGCUUCUUACAAGAAAACCCUAGCUAGUUUGAUCUCAAAGUAGUAUUGUAGAGCUGAUCUGUAUAUAAGUGUGCAUCCCACUUUUGUUUAUUUACUUUGUCAUCCGUAUAAUGGGAGGACGGAAUAUUGGCGAAAAGGAGGAGUGUUUUAAGACAAGCCCUUUUGAGGUAAUAAACGACGACGACGAUGAUGACGACGAUGAGGUCAGUGAUGAAGAAGAAGGAAGCUGCACGGUGAAAUUAGAUAAUGGAGGAAGCUCAAGCAAUAGUACGGUCGAAGAGAGCGAGAAGAAUAAGCCGUCUGUUAGGCCUUAUGUUCGAUCCAAGAUGCCUAGGCUUAGGUGGACCCCCGAUCUUCAUCUCCGUUUUAUGCACGCUGUCGAAAGACUCGGUGGACAAGAGAGAGCAACACCAAAAUUAGUGCUUCAAUUUAUGGGGAUCAAAGGACUAAAUAUUUCUCAUGUCAAGAGCCAUUUGCAGAUGUACAGGAGCAAGAGGAUUGAUGAAUCCAAUCAAGGAAUGAAAGAUCAAAGGUUUUUCAUGGAAGGUGUAGAUCGAAACAUAUACAAUCUAAGCCAGCUCCCUCUUCUCCCAACCUUUAAUCAAAGGCCGCAAAACUCUAAUAUCAGUUUCCCGAGGAACGGAGAUGCAGCUACUUGGGAUGGCCAUGGAAAAUGGAUGCAGAAUUCAUCUAUUGCUCAGAACAUAAACAACAAGACAAUAAAACCAGGGUUUUAUGGUACUAUUAAUAAUAAUUUGGACAGCCACUACUAUAAGUAUAACAGGUCGUCAGCGAAUAAUAUUAAUCUCGAUCUUUUCUCGAAAACAUCCCCAUUCUUCGAAAGAUCCACCUGGCGAACCAACAACGAAGGAGUUCCGAAACAAGACGAAUACCGAUCACUAUACAAGCAAGAACCCUUGUUAGGUCAAUCUACACAAAACCCUAGUGUGAAUAUCAAUCCCCCGAUUAUCGUUAGCCAAAUUAUGAGAGAGACUGGAUUGAAACGAAAAGCCUCCGAUUUCGAAGUGGAUUUGAAUCUAUCUCUUGCGGUGGAAUCAAGAAACGACGAAGAUGGAUAUGAAGAAUUAGGGUUGUCGCUUUACACGAGUGCGUCGUCGAAGAAGAUUUAUAACAAGAAGGUGAAAGAAGAUGUUGUUAGUGUUGUCGUUGGUAACGAAAAUGCGAGAGGGGCGAGUACUCUUGAUCUGACUCUAUGAAUUAUUUAAUUCUGAGUGAGAGCUUGAUGAGGUACUUGUUUCUGUUACAUGCAUUAUUGUUUCUGAUUUUUAAUUUUCUUGUAGCAUGAAGAAGAUUAUAUUGUUAUGGUAAUAAACGAAACGUCGUCGUUGUUUUUAAUCUCUUCUCU